AUGCCAUCAACUUCCUUCUCCGACAUGCCAACGCUGGCAUCCCCUCGAACGACACCAUCACCUCCCUUUCACCGCAGACGAAAAGGCUGGGCUCGCAAGAUCGAACGUUGCUGCUGUACAACAUUCGCCCACUUUCCUCUCGUCUUCGUUUACGGCCUUACAACAUGGGCCGUCUAUGUCGAGGUCGACGUCUCGUUCAUGGGAAUUACAGCAGGACAUGCUUGGCUGCGAGCAGGCUUCGGCAUAGUCCUAUACACCCUCGCAAACAUCUCGUACACAGUAGCCGUCUUCACAAAUCCCGGCUCACCUCUGGAUCCCCGACAGGAUGGCACGAGUGGAAGAAGGAAAGGUGGGGGUUAUGAGGGUCUGCCUACCUUUGAGGCUGAUGUGGAUGAGACGUCAGUGCCUUCUGAAUGUAAUAUGACGAGUGUCACAGCGAAGAGUACGGGUAGGCCGCGAUACUGCAAGAAGUGUAAGACUGUCAAGCCGGAUCGGACACAUCACUGUUCUACCUGCCAGAAAUGUGUGUUGAAGAUGGAUCACCAUUGUCCAUGGCUUGCGACCUGCGUUGGGCUUCGGAACUACAAGGCAUUCUUGUUGUUCUUGACAUACACCAGCUUGUUCUGCUGGCUGUGCUUUGCCGUGACGGCGUGGUGGGUUUGGGUCGAGAUUCUGGACGGGACACAGAUCUCCCAGGGGAUGAGGGUCGUGAACACGAUCCUGCUUAGUGUGCUGAGUGGUAUCAUUGGGCUGGUGUUGACUGGUUUCACGGGCUGGCAUAUCUAUCUUGCGGUCACUGGGCAGACAACGAUCGAGAGCUUGGAGAAGACGAGAUACUUGAGUCCGUUGCGGAAGACUUUUGAGCACCAAUUCCAAGAAGGAAGGAAUUAUCUCGGCCAGCAGAAUGAAUCAAAUGAGGAUCAGCCUCUGGGCGAACGAUUAAAGGAGAUCCACGCGAAUGCUCUUCCCGGUGUCCUACGACCUGAAGAAGGCGAAACAUCACUUCAUCCAUCCCGCGCUCACACUCCAGUUGCACCACCCGGCGCAGCUAACAGUUCGCCCGCUCGUGAGAGUCUGCAGCGCUCGUUCGCAUCCAUCGAAGCACAACGAGAACGCAAUCGCUACAAUGAGUACCUAGACGAACAGGACUCCGAGAAACUGCCGAAUGCAUUCGACAUGGGCUGGAAACGCAAUCUUCAGCACGUGUUCGGAGAGAACAUGCUAUUCUGGUUCCUGCCCAUUUGCAACACAAACGGUGACGGCUGGCAAUGGGAAGUCAGCCCCAAAUGGACCGAAGCACGCGAGCGCAUUGGAAAGGAAAGAGAACAGCGUGAAAGAGAAGAAGCAAUGUGGGAUCAACCAACUUCCCAGCCUCCGCCUAGAAAUUUGAAGUGGACGCCCGGUCAAGGCUUCGUUGACCAAGCAUGGAAUGCCCCGAGCGCAUAUAUAAAUGGCAGGCAAAGCCCUGCUAAGCCGGUGAAUGGGAGCGCGACUAUGCAAAUGCAGCCUCUUGAUAGGAGGAAAGGCCCGCCUUCUCCUGCAGCCGAGGGGUGUGAUACUUCGAGUGAUGAAGAAGGCCGCCCCGGAUCGCAGCGUCGUGAAGAAAGCAGAACGACGAACUGGAACGAUAUUCCUGAUGACUUUCUGGACACCAGGAGUGGAUCUGCAGGCAGGAGCAGGAGUGAGGGGAGGCGGAAAGGGGACUGA